AACAAACACAGCCACACAUUCGCACAAUAAAAGUUAAAAACUCCCAUAAAGGUGUAACGAGUGAAGAGUCAAAAGCCAUACACAUAAAGGUCAAGAUGUCACGUGGCGUCCGAUGAGUGAAUGAAAACAACGCAUUCACACAAAACCGUGGGAUCACUUAACUGUGUUCUGUCCACAUGUCACUCGCAGAGCCAAAAACACCGUGUUCUUCUCAAAUCAUACCCCACACAAUUCCAAUAUUUCGGGCCAAUAUAAACACCAACUCUUAUUCCCACUUUUCUCAAACCACAAACUUUUAAAAUCCACCUGAAAAAGAACAUAAAGAGAGAUAGAUAAAAUAGAUAUUUUAUCAAACCGGACAGAACAAAGAUCUUGUUAGUUAGUUACUUACUGUACUCAGCCUUAUCCAGUUUUUUUCAAAAGAUUUUUCAACAAUGAACACAUUCCCUGCGUCCACUGAAAUGGUUGGCUCCGAGAACGAGUCUCCGGUUACUACGGUAGCAGGAGGUGAUUAUUAUCCCAUGUUGGCGGCAAGCUGUCCGAAGAAGCCAGCGGGUAGGAAGAAGUUUCAGGAGACACGUCACCCCAUUUACCGAGGAGUUCGUCUGAGAAAGUCAGGUAAGUGGGUGUGUGAAGUGAGGGAACCAAACAAGAAAUCUAGAAUUUGGCUUGGAACUUUCAAAACAGCUGAGAUGGCAGCUCGUGCUCACGACGUCGCUGCCCUAGCCCUCCGUGGAAGAGGCGCCUGCCUCAAUUAUGCGGACUCGGCUUGGCGGCUCCGCAUCCCGGAGACAACCUGCCACAAGGAUAUCCAGAAGGCUGCUGCUGAAGCCGCAUUGGCUUUUGAGGCUGAGAAAAGUGAUGUGACGAUGCAAAAUGGCCUGAACAUGGAGGAGACGACGGCGGUGGCUUCUCAGGCUGAAGUGAAUGACACGACGACAGAACAUGGCAUGAACAUGGAGGAGGCAACGGCAGUGGCUUCUCAGGCUGAGGUGAAUGACACGACGACGGAUCAUGGCGUAGACAUGGAGGAGACAAUGGUGGAGGCUGUUUUUACUGGGGAACAAAGUGAAGGGUUUAACAUGGCGAAGGAGUCGACGGUGGAGGCUGCUGUUGUUACGGAGGAACCGAGCAAAGGAUCUUACAUGGACGAGGAGUGGAUGCUCGAGAUGCCGACCUUGUUGGCUGAUAUGGCGGAAGGGAUGCUUUUGCCGCCGCCGUCCGUACAAUGGGGACAGAAUGAUGACUUCGAAGGAGAUGUGGACAUGAACCUCUGGAGUUAUUAAUACUCGUAUUUUUAAAAUUAUUUAUUGUGCAAUAAUUUUUUAUCGAAUUUCGAAUUCUGCCUUUAAUUUUUAAUGGGGAUCUUUAUUUGUGUGGGAAACGAGUGUAAAUGUUCCGCCGUGGUGUUGUCAAAAUGCUGAUUAUUUUUUGUGUGCAGCAUAAUCACGUUUGGUUUCCUUUACACUCGAAAUUUAGUUUAAAUACAAAUAGAGUAGAAAAGAGAAAGAAUGUUAUUAGAUGAAAACGGAGAAAUCAAAAAAUGGAUUCAGUAUAAAUUUUAAAGUGAUUGUGUAUUAAAAUGACAAAUAUUCACUAUUUAGAUAUAAUUUGUAAAAGAUUUUGAAAUCCAAGAGGCAAGAGAUAUUAAUUUGAAAACAUAUUUUCAAAGGUUAUAAUUUUUUUUGAAUAGCAUCUCUCUAAGAGCAUGUAGAAGAAAAAUAACUUUUAUUAAUAAAAUAAUUAUAUAUUUAAAAUUUAUUUUAAUAAAAUAAAUCAUUCACAAAAUGACACGUAGAAGAAAAUUAAGAAACUAAGCUAAGAGAUGUCUUAGAGCAUCUCCAAUGGUGUUACCACCAUUGGAGUCCUUAACAUUAUUAAACUAUAUUUUUUUUUAAUUUGAAUAGUUAAGGAUCUUAAUCAAAAUUGUAUCUCCAAUGGUGUUUUCUAAUUUGAAAUCCUUAGGAUAUGACAAAAUGAGAGCAAACAUACACAAGUAUCCAGCGUAUACAAAAAUAUAGAGGCACCAAACCCAUUGAUACCAACAUUUCUUAUUAGCAUCCUCUGAAAUACUCAAGACAUGUUGGAUGAGCCUGUUGCAGGGAUUGAAUGACUGACAACAAACGGAGGGCGGA